GCCGUUAUCAUGGUGGAGGCCCCCACACAGACACCGCCAGCCACUUCCUCUAGGCCCUCUGCCGUGUCCUGCCAGCCACGCCCUCCUACAGACACGCCAGUGGAGGCUACCUCGCUCUGGCGUCCUCCUCCACCACCACCCAGCUGGACACCGACCACCGCCUGGCGACGACACACCCACCACAAGCCUAAAGCAGUAUAUACGUAGCUGACAGUUGUAAGGCACUUAGGACGAUGGGCUUUUAUUUCGGAUACCUCAAGAAACCAUCUGGUAUUCUCAAGCUGUUUGAAAUACUGUGUGUCAUUAUCGCCUUCGGGCUGUUCCGAGGGAGCAACACAACCUUCGGUAAUCUUGACCUAGACUACUUCAGCGGAGGGGUGUUGGUGACGGCCCUCAUCGUCACCCCUCUCCUCCUCGUCUGCUACCUCAUGGGCAGGCUGGAGAUCCAGAAGACCAUUUUUGAGGUGGUGUUCAACAUGUUGAUGUGUGUCUUCCUGGUGAUUGCUGGUGGCGUGUCCGUCGAUAAGUGGACCAAUAUCGGCGGAUCUCACAAUAAACACGUCUCCCAGUCCCUCGCCAUGGGCAGCUUCUGCAUCAUCGCCUCCUGUGUCUACCUGGUCGACACAGUCUUCGCUGUCAUUAACUACAGGGCCUGAUUACCCUCCUGUCGUUCCCUUUGAUCCAAGGUGGCUCCAGGUCCAGAGGCCAGAUUCACGAAGCAGUUACGCAAAGUACUUACGAACGUGUACAUCUUUCCUCAAUCUUCGGCGCCUUUGGUUACAUUUAUUAAACAGUUUACAAGCAUGAAAACUUAUCAAUCAACUG